GAUUAACUGACAAGUAUACCCACCUAGACAUGACAAUGCAUCUGGUGCUCCACCUCGGCUUAUUCCGGGCUCGAUGGCCGUCCCGUCCAACCCAGGCAGCUGGUAUAAAACCCUCCGGCCUACCUGAUGUCUUCAUUCUCCACCUCUCACCUCCAAACGGCAAACACAUCAGAGAUCGAUCGCCUUGCACGAAGCUAAUCUAAUUAUUAAGCUAGAAAGAAGAGAGCAUAACAAGCUAGCCAGAUGGCAAAGGUACACCCGAACGUGGCCGUGCCAGAGUCGCCGGCAGGAGCCGUCGUCGAGGAGGAGCAGCAGCAGCCCACGGUUCUGACGGUGUGGCGCAAGUCGUUGCUCUUCAACUGCGACGGCUUCACCGUCUUCGACGCCACCGGCGGCCUCGCCUUCCGCGUCGACCGCUACGGCUCCUCCUCCGGCAGCCGCCGUCGCCGCGCCGAGGACGUCGUGCUCAUGGACGCCGCUGGGAAGCCUCUCCUCACCGUGAGGAGGAAGAUCAAGCUCAGCCUCAGCCUGGGGGAACACUGGGUGGUGUACGACGGUGACGCGAGCGCCGCGGACGCGAAGCCGCUUCUCUCCGUGCGGCGCCACCACGUCGGCCUGCACCGCCGCGCGUCCGAUAAGACGCUCGCGCACAUCACGCCUCUAGGAUCAUCAUCCUCCGAGGCGGCGGCGUACGUGGUAGAGGGUUCGUACGGGCGGCGGAGUUGCGCGGUGCGAGACGCGCGCGAGGGCGGCGCCGCUGCGCUGGCGGAGGUGCGGCGGAAGGAAUCGGUGGGGGACGACGUGUUCCGGCUGGUGGUGUCGGACCACCGCAUCGGCGCAGCGCUGUCCAUGGGCGUCGUCAUCGCCCUGGACCAGAUGUUCGGCGGCGCCUCGUCGCGGACGUCGACGUCGCUGCUGCCGAGGAGCUGGUCGGCGUAGGAGCACUAGCUGGAGUAGUGGCUACUGGCUACCAGCUGGUGCGGCCCCCACGUGGCAACCAAAUGGAAAGCUACUGCUGGCCCCAUCUGUCGGCGUGAGCACAGUUUUAGGUGCCUGCCAGAAACAGAUGAUUAAAUCUGCGUUUUUCCUUUUAUUUAGAAAGGAGAAAAUCAAGGACGGUGAUUUAGACAGGCUAUGCAAAGUGUGUACAUAAAAGAUGCUAACAAAAGUGUGCUCAUGAAUGUGUAAUCUCAGUGGUACUUAUUAAAUUGCACCUUCCUGCUUCAUACU